AUGACCGACGAGGCUCUCAAGGAAAGGCUUCGCUCACUCCGUCAAGGACUCCAACCCGAAGCACACAAGACUCCAUCCUCUUCUCUUGCUUCCACUACCAACCCGCCGCCCUACUCCUCGAAAGUAACGAAAGCUCGCACAUCUUCCUGCGCAGACCAGCAAGCCGACGCGGAUCAGCUGUUGUUCGAAAGGCUUCGCAAGCUCCACUCGAUUGAUACAUCUCCACCUCUCCAAGCCCUUUCGACGGCACCACCGCCACGCAGCAAUCCUCCCGAGCCUCUGAAAGCGGAACCGCGGGACGAACAGGACGAGAUCGACGCUCUCAUUCAGUCUGCACAAGACCAGCUAGAUCUUGAGCGAUCCGCUACUCAAGACAUAAACGACGGCGCUGAGUCCGACCAUCUCUCUGAUUCAGACGUUGAACAGGACAUUGACGCCAUCACAAAGGACGCCCAAGACAUCGUCAACGCCGUUCGUGACGAGCUCGCCCUGGAAAGAAGCGUUCGAUCGACACAACCACCAUCAAGCCAGGUCCGCACCGAUAACGAAGCCGACACUCCCGAGCAAGUGCAGCUAACCAUGGUGCAUUCCAACGACGAGAUCGAGAGAGCUCUCGCAGACGCCUCGCAGGACUCUCGUCUCUUCGCUACCAACGAUGUCCGCAACGCUGUCGCCGACGAAUCGGCUCCAUCCAAGCCUGCCGCCAGCACCACCAAGGCACGUCGCAGCUGGCUCGGCGGACGCUUCUUGUUUGUAGCUAUGCUGAGUCUGCUCAUCGUCGCGAUCUCCUCCGUGCCAGGUGCUUACGCUUUCGGUGCUGGCAACAUUCCUUCCUUCGCCUUCAUGGAGGGUAAGGCCUUCCGACACGGCGACAUCGAAGACAUCCUGGAGGAACUCUUCAAAAAGGCCGGCGGCUCCCUCUUUGGCUCCAGCAAAUUUGGCGGCCUCGACAUUAAGCGCACCUACUUUGGCAACUGGUUGCGCGACUACAGCCAGGCCAUGGACGUCGCUGCUCUGCAGAAAAUGUCCAAGCAGGCCAUUCUCAACCUCGUCAUGGUGCUUGGCUUCUUGGCUCACGGCUAUGCCACCGCCGAGUUCCAAGUCACCGACGAACGUCUCGGGGUCUAUUUGCCCGAAGAGCACCUCGAUAAUCCCAAGGGCUACGCUGAUGGCAAGGAUGCUCGUCAGUACGACCCUCGCCUCCGUGAACCCGUCAACCCGCAAGAGCUCGAGAUUGACCCACGUUCAGGCAUGAAGAACUACCUAUCCAACGAGAGCGGCGGAUGGCGCACCGGCUCCGGCCUCAUCCGCCGCACUCUCAUCCGCGUCAUCGAGACCGGUCGUCGCGCACGUGAUUCGGGACAGGACGCAGAGCUGUAUGAAGCCUACCGCCUCCUCGGCCAGGCACUCCAUACGCUCGAGGACUUCCCCGCUCAUAGCAACUGGACCGAGCUUGCUCUGCACCGCCUUGGUCACCAUAACGUUUUUCUCCACGUCGGCGACAACGUCAAGGUGCGCGCUCCGGAUGGCACACAGAUCGCCCCCGUCGUCACUGGUACGUUUGGGAGUGCCGAUUUUAUCCACUCGCUUCUCGGAGAAGCACAAGAUCACCUGUCGGAAGCCUCCAUCUCGGAUCUCAACAAGGCUAUGGAUGACGCCAAGAGGCAGUCGAGCGGCAGCAACCGAAGCAUCGUGCAAGACAUCCUCGGUACGCUCUCCAAGGUGCCCGGUGCGGGAGGCAGCAAUGUUUCGCGCGACCUCCAGGAAGUUUCUCGCGGUCCCGUCGCUGAUCCCGCCACCAUGUCGCCCCAGGAGAUGUACGCCAAUCUCUGGAAGAUCCUCGAGCUGCGUGACCGCAUCAUGAAGGGCAUCGAGGGUACUAUCGAGAAGAUUCCGGGCCUCAGCUCUCUUGUGGAGAAAUUGACCAACGAGUUGAACGUAUUCGUUUUCACCCUCAUUGAGCCCUAUGCUAAGCCUAUCAUGCAGCAGGGAAUGAGUGCGCUCAAGCUUGGUUCUGGUGCCGUCAUCAACAAACAGGAGCAAUUCGAAGUGUUUGACGAUCCCAACGCCUCCGACCCUACUCAUUCGAUGCUCAGCAAGGACCACUUUGGACUCAUCCUCAACGAGGUCGCUGGUAACGUGGCCAAGAUCAUCGUCCGCAACACUGUGACCAAGGUGGUCAAGGCAUGGGAUGACCGCAACCUGGACCCCGCACGCGUUGCUGACGAGUGCUUGGCGCCCAUGUUCCACCCGUACUGGUUCAACAACCAGGCACCCGUGCAGAAGGAAAUGAUGGACUACGUCGCAACCUGGGCCAGAAGCCAUCAGACCGAGAUCGGCCGUCUGAGCAAGCAGAGCGUGCGCAACCACACCAACACGCGCUCUGGCAAGGCCGAACCGCACACGCACGGAGACGACCAGCCGAGCAUCAGCUCCUUCAUGGGCGGCGCCAACAGUCAGGCCGCUCACAGCUUCUCCAACAACCACCACUCUAGUGGUGGAGGAGGUGGAGGAGGACACCAUGGCAGCGGCGGCGGGGGUGGUGGAGGCGGUGGAGGCAACAGCAUUGGAUCGCAGAUGGCGGGCUACACUUCCAACUACAUCUCGAACCAGGUUCAUGGUUUCGUUGGCAGCCACGUCCCUGGUGGCCAACAGUUCUUCCGAGAACUUCCAGAGGGCGGCAACGAGGGAGGUCGAGAGCCUUCUGACUACGGCAGCAGCGGUCGUCGUGACGAUCAAGACCCGUCCUCGUACGAUCACAACCGCCCUUCGUUCCCUCAAGCCGAACCCACCGGUCAUGACGGUUAUGGCAGUCAGGAACACGCUUCGUAUCCUACUCCUGGAGGAUUCGCACCGCCUGGCGGCCCGCCUCCGGGCACUGGCGGCUACGGCGCUCCUCAAGGAGGAUACGGUCAGCCAGAGUACGCUCAACAGGGCUACGGACAGCCUCCUCAGGGAUACGGCGGACCUCCCCAAGGUUACGGUCAGUCGCAGCAGUAUCCUCCUCCGGGAGGCUACGGCCAAGGCGGCUACAACCAAGGUGGUGGAUAUGGUGGCGGGUACUGA